CUGUCUUAAUUAAAUGCAAGAAAAAAUUUGUUUUUUUUCUGAAAUUUUACAUCAAAAAAGUAAUUAAAGAUAUAAAUUAGUAAUUUUUUUAAAAAAUUAAUGUAAAUAUAUUUAUGAAUUAUAUAUUUAAAAAGUGAUUUGUGCAAAAUGUCGUUAAAUGAAGAAUUUCAAGUGAAAAAUGAAUACGAUGAUAGUAGCAAUUUUUCCAGCUAUUAUCAAGAUUACAAAGAUGAUGAACAAAGUGAUCCCAGUUAUUUAAAUGAAUCACUAGGAAUAUUAACUAAUAUUAAAACAUUAGAUGGUAAUAGUAUUUCAGUCUAUCUAAGACUGGGUAAUAGAAUACUAUUUUGUUCCGGAAAAUAUUUCUACAUAGAGCAUGCGACUGCUCAGACUGAUCAUCAGAAAGAGUAUACAGGCAUUGUUAGCACCUGUCACACUUGUGGCGUUAAAAUCAAAGGCUCCCUUAAAGUGAGUUCUAAUUUUAUAUGUCAUUUAAAAGCUAGACAUCCGGAAGUAUACCAAGAGUUUCUCAAACAAAAACAAGAAUGUGGUACUGGCACUAGAAUUAAAAAAUCCGAUAAAACCUAUGGUCAACAACGUACCAGUCCUUAUCCUGGUAAUCCUCAUAUAAAAGACAAUAUUUUACAACAGCAAGAAGUUCAAGAACAAUUUCAACGUAAUAUUUUACAAUUUUUGGUAGCCACUCAGCAACCUUUAUCUAUAGUAGAGGAUCGUUAUUUUCUUAAACUAUUUGAGUUUAUGGAUUUACCAAUACAACUUAAAAGUCCAGAAUGUUAUGAACAAACUAUACGGGAAGAGUGCAAAUACAAACAAUUAGAGUUGACUAAUUAUUUUAAUCAUAGUAAAGUUUACAUAUGCCUUACAACGGACGUAUGGUCUUAUGGAGAGUGUUAUUAUUUGGCUUUAGCUUGUCACUGGAUCGAUGAGCAGUGUCAACGUCAAAUGGCUUUACUAGCCUGCCAGCGUACAAAUAAUUUGCAAGAAAAAUCUUUAACAACUUUACAAAAUGAAAUUUUAUUACAAUAUGGUUUUCAAAAGGAAUACAUUGUUAAUUCUAUUACGGGAAAUAUACAAAAUUUUACUAAACAAUUCAAAGUUCUGGGCUUAAAGCCGGAAAUAUUAAGUUUGGAUGGUGAAGUAACAACAGAGAAUUGUUUCUUUAACAAGCAAAUACAAGAAGAUUUAAAACUAUUAAGUUUUAAUUAUAAUACUGAAAUAAAAACUGCUGAAUUGGAGUUAUUAAAACUAAAUAAAAUAUGGAGUGAAGAUUUUUAUAAACUUUUAAAUGAAAACUUGAAAAAACUGCAUGUGGAAUGUAUGGAAAAAUGUUGUCAAAUCUGGCAAAAUUGUAUUACUAAAGAGUUUAAAGAAAUAUUUGAUGGCACUUUGAAUGCUCCUUUAACAGCACCCAAUAUAUUUUAUCUUACCUCUCUCUAUAAAUCUCUUAAGAAAAUACUUUUAAACAAAAUUCACCUUACAGACAUAAGUAAUUACUUAAAAAAACCUUCAUUUUCUACCAACGAGUUGGACUAUUUAGAGGAUUUAGCAGAUAUCUAUGAGCCCUUUCAUGCAGCAUUUGAAUUUUUAGAUAAUCAUCAAAAUCAUUAUUAUGGUUGUUUUUUGCCCACACUCGUUACGCUUAAAUGGAAAUUAACUAGAUUGGUUAAUAGUAAAAAACUUAAACAUUUGCAAGAGGUUUCUCUGAAAUUAAAACAACAAUUGUUAACAGAAUUUAAAACGUAUUAUGAGCUAAACGAAAGUAAAUCAGAAGCCAUUAUAGCAGCUAUUACAUAUCCCCCAGUUAAAACAAGAUUUCUAAUGGGUUUACAGGAUUCAGUGUUAUGUUUUAAUUUUCAAGCUAGAAAUUUAUUAUUAAAAUAUGGCAAAAUCUAUCAUAUAGAAGGUGAGCAACAAACAGAUAAUACACAACAAUUAGAUAAAACACAAAAUAGCCUAAGCGGUAAUACAACAGCUUUAGAUUUUUUUGAUUUUGGUGAUGGCACCGAAAAAGUUAAUGAAGAUUCUCAUUUACCAGUUUCAUUAAAAUUAGAAAUUGAUGCUUAUUUAGCUGAUAUUGAUAAUACUUUAAUGUCUUUACAAAAAUAUCCCACCAUUAAACGUUUAUUCUAUCGUUAUAAUACCUGUAUACCUUCUCCCUCGAGUGUUUUACGUUUAUUUCCUUUAAUGAAAAUUUUAAGAAAUAGUUUAUUAACAAAUUGUUCUCAUGAACAAUUUGGUAAUUUGAUAUUUUAUCAGAAUCAUAUUUUAAAUAAAUAGUUUUAGGAUUUUUUUUUUAUAU